AUGAGCUAUGAACAAAUUAUUGAACACAUUAUAGAAUUUUAUCCAAAUUUUCUUAAUAAUCCUGUCAUCAACGAUAUUGAAGAGAUUGUACGUUUGAUGCCAAAUCCUUUAAAAACGACAAACGAACGAGCAAUGAUAGCGUUAAAUGUUGAAUAUGUAGCUCGUAAUAUGGCUCACAUUAAUGAUGAACAAGCUAUACGAAUGGCUACCACUUAUUUUUUAUCCCUGCUUCAACAUAGACAAAAUCGCACUCAAAGAAAUGUAUACAAAAAUCUCGCAUAUAUG